AUGUCCGAAACGCCAAACGGAAGCGAAAAUGAUUUCUCCAAUUACCAGCAAGAUGAGGCCCAAUUUUCGAAUGAAGGCGCGGAACCGACGGCGAAACGCACGAAACUGAGCCAAGCAUCGGGAAUUUGGGCUGCAUUUACACGCGUCGACAUGCGGAAUGUCUGCGACUUUUGCGGGCAGUCCUUCAGCGCCAGCUCCACGCGAAACGCUUGGACCCAUAUGAAGAAUCGCCAUCCCGACCUCUACGCCGAGCUACUCGCCCGAAAGCCGGAGAAGCCUGAAGCUCCGGCCCGAGCGCCCGUGCCCAUCCCUCGAGCUGCCCCCAGCUAUUCUGAUCAACAACUGUGGAUGGGCUUGGCGUCGAUCAACGUGAUGCCGGAUGCUUUCUUGGAAAACCAGUUUUUCCAAACCUGGGCAAUGCAGAAUGGGGUUCGCCUUCCAUCCGCCGAGAUACUUGACCAGGUUGCUGAAGAAGUACGAACAGAUCGACUACCCGAACUGAUCCAUCGGCUUGCAAUGGCCCAAUCUGUGGCAUUGACGAUGGGUAAGCUACGAUUUAAUCAAGAUUCGGCUCUAAAGGCUAUUAUGGCGCAUUUCCUACAGAACGGGGAGCGCCGAGUUCUGCUCCUUCGCCUGUUGGAUCAAAAUCUGGUCGAGAGCACGGAAGGUGUCGUUCAGGGGAUAAUUCAAGAGCACGGUCUCAUGGGAAAGGUUUGUGCGAUCGUCACUGACGGAGAUACAGCUGUUUCUGAGGAUGUGUCCCUUCCGAGAGUAAUCUGCGGGGUACAGAUUCUUUGCACUGCCGUUGGGAAAUUGUUGGAACCGCUCUCCGGGCUAAUUAACAAAGUUGGCAAUUUGGGCCUAUGGAAUGAUGAUCCAGAAAAUAAUCAAAAUUGG